AUGGCGAGUUCACAUACCUUCCAGCCCGACGACUCACUCCCCCAUCCACCAACUACACUCCAACAACAACAGCUAGCCACAAAACAGGCAGUCAUAUACAACAAGUCAGACAACGAUCACUCUCUCACUCACCCACAACAGACGGAGAAGCACAACAACACUGUUCUAUCUGCUGACGACCACGAGGAGUUGGAGGAAGAUUGCGAAGAGUUUUCGGACGACGACGGCUAUGAUCCAGAAGCUCCUGGAAUACCUUUUCCUCGCCGAGAUUCCGCUACUGCCAUAAACGAUGGUAUCUGGAACACCAAUAAUCGCGAAGAACGUCAACGCAUAAGAGAAUUCUGGUUACAGCUAGGCGAAGAGGAAAGAAGGAGUUUACUUAAAGUAGAAAAAGAAGCUGUAUUAAGUAAGUAUGAAGAUGACGAGGAAGACGAUGAAGAAGAAUGCGAUGAGGAGGAAGAGGAAUAUGAUGGUAGCUCGCAUGGAAGUGAAACGCGUAGAGAAAUAUUUGGAUUUGCAAAUAGCCUAACUGCAAAAGGAGGCAUCUUGACUGUGGCUGAUGAUCUCCUUAUGAACGACGGAAAGAAGUUUCUGGAAAUGAUGGAACGUCUGGCUGAACAUCGUCCAGUGUUAAGUAUUGAGGUAGCGACCGAACAGCAGCGUAUGGAGCAGAGUAAAAAAAUGUUUCAGGUCUUUGCUGCCGAAAUGUUUGGACAACGCGUCUUAGCUGCUUACAAAGAAAAGGUGGCUCAAGAACGACAGAAAAAGUUCUUGGAAGAACUAGAAGAAGAAAAUCGUUUAAAGGAAGAACCUAUGAAAAUGCAAAAGAUAGAAGAACGACAACGCAAGGAACAGGAACGUGCCGCAGAGGAAGCUGCUCAGCGUGCAGAACGCGAGCGUAAAGCUGAAGAAGAACGUAAAAGACGUGAGGAGGAACGUCAACGUAAAGAAGCUGAGCGCAGAGCUCGAGAAGAAGAGCGACUACGAAAAGAAGAAGAAAAGAGGCGAAAAGCAAGAGAGGAAAAAGAACGAGAGGAACGUCGUCGUAAAGAGCAGGAGGCGAAGGAGCGUAAAGAGCGUGAAGAACGUGAACAGAAAGAACAGCGAGAGGCGCGGAUGCGUAAAGAGAUAGAGGAACGAGAGAAGCGAGAACAGGAGGAAAGGGAACGAAAGGAGCGAGAAGAAAGACAGCGUGCGGUCUCUUUACCACUUACAAGAACUUUACCACAGCAAACGUCACUACAACCACAACAGCUUGACCGUAAACAGCGACCUAUUCCUCCUCCCAUUGGUCAAUCAUCAAUAACGCCAACGUCUGCUCAACAAAAUAUAACUUCCAAGCCAAAUAUGCCGAAUGGUGGAAUACCUGGAUGUCCUACAUCACCACAGUCGCCCUACGGCCCUCAACCAACGCCAGGUUUAAAUGGACAUAUUCCUUUGUCGGGUGAACUAAUAAAUGAGGGAUAUACAAACAAUAAGAAAGUAGUAAGCCCAAAUCUACAACAAACGAACACUAUAUCGGGAAUAAAUCCCAAUCCAUCAUUAUUUGCAUCGGGUCUGCCACCGAUGGGCCUUGGGGUGCAUCCUCAUCAACACGGCCCACCAGUAAUGCAUUCACAUCACCAGCAACUUCGCCAGCCGAUGCCUAACCCACGCGGAUAUAACCCCAUUGUUCCUAAUCCUCAUAUUCCCAUUCCGCAAUCUAAUGUAGCAUCAUCCAAUCUAGCGUUAUUGAAUGAGCCAGUGGUGAUUCCGUCAGCGACUGGUAUACCGUCGGCUGUGCCGCCAGUUGCGUCUAAUCCUAGCGCAACUUAUGCCCCAAUCCCUUUUGGUGCUCAGAAUCCAUUAACUACACAAACAUUCGAUCUUGGUACUCAAGUACGUCCACAACAGAAUUUAGCAAGUCCAGGAGUGAUGUCUAAUGUAAUACCUAAUCCAUUACCAAUUGGAUCUCGUCGAUUGAGUACCCCCCACGACGACACACACUUGAUUCAACCAAGUGUAUCAUCCAAGGCAAUACAUAGACCAGCGCCUAUACAACGACCAAGGAAAGGGUCUUCAGGCUCAAUUGGUACGCAGGUUGAACGUACUAUCUCACCACCACCCGGGUUUGGUGGAGUAGUUGGACCCAGCGCGUUGAGAAGUGAUGAAGAGCCUGUUGCACCGUUGUCAAGAAGGCAGAGCGCUGUUACUAGUAGUCCGCCGCAAUCUUAUUUCUCUAAUUCUUUAUUCGAGUCUGACUGGAGGUUAGUAAAAGUUUCCGGAAUUUCUACAGACCAAUUAAAACGGACAAUCACGUGA